UACCCUCCCCACAAGCACAUUCACACGUACUUAAGACAGUGCCCGGACAAUCUGGAGUAUGUGGUAGCUGGCACGCAGUCAUCGUCAUGGCAGAAGACAACUGGAACCCACAAGAUCUGAUAACCAAAUCUCACGAAGCUAAAGAAUGCUCCUACAGCCCAUACAGCAAGUUCAGAGUAGGAGCAGCUCUGCUCACAGCUGAUGGAUCUGUCUUUACUGGCUGCAAUGUAGAAAAUGCCUGCACCGCUCUUGGUAUCUGCGCUGAGAAGACUGCGAUCUCCAAAGCCGUGUCAGAGGGACAUAGAGAUUUCAAGGCCAUUGCUGUAGCAAGUGACAUGGUGGAAAGUUAUAUCUCACCGUGUGGUGGCUGCAGACAAUUUAUGAGGGAGUUCGGGCUGGAGUGGGACGUUUAUUUAUCUAAGCCAGAUGGGACUUUCAUGAAGAUGACAGUAGAGGAGCUCCUUCCAGAGUCCUUUGGCCCUAACAACAUGGAAAGGAAGAAAGCAGUUCCUCUUCAUUAACUAAUAAACAUGUUAUCUAGAAAAACAAAACCAAGACUAAAACAACUGUUACAGGUUCACAUCUAACUGGUAUAUGUGUUAUAUUAAAAUAUCAUUAUGUUACUAUCAUUUGCUUGUAUAUGCUGAGGUAAAAGCAGUGGUGCUUCUCAUAUUUUAGGAAUUAAACAAAACCCCCUUGCAGGACCCAGCAAACACCCUU